AUGGAGUACGUCCGAGGAGACCGGUUCGGUCCGGAAUUCACUACACGACGAGCUUGGUCGUUGCAUCGAUUUCUAAAACGCUUGACCCUGCACCCAGUACUUCGUCGAGCACCUCUUCUCAUCAUCUUCCUGGAAUCGCCGGACUGGAAUGCCCAUGUAAGGCUGCAUGGUAACCGCACCACCGUGAAUGCCACCACAGACAAUGCGAGUACGGGCAUCUUUGAUAAUUUCACAGACAGCUUCGUCAACGCGUUCACCAAGGUCCACAAGCCGGAUCAGCGCUUCAUCGAGGUCAAGGAAAAGGCCGAUAAGCUGGACGAAGAUCUUUCGCAUGUGGAAAAGACCGUGGCGCGGGUCGCGCGGCGAGAGUCCGACCUGGAGACUGAUUACACAGAGCUAGCGACGCAGUUCCGCAAACUCGUUCCUCUCGAGCCGGCGGUGGAGAUGCCGUUGCAGGUGUUCGCGGCUUCCGUGGAAGAGACCGCUCGUGGGGUGCGUGGAUUAAAGGAUCACACCGAUCAGAAUUAUUUGGGUUCGCUGCGCGAUAUGGAUGCCUACAUCAUGUCUGUCAAGACUCUUCUCAAGACUCGCGAACAAAAGCAGCUUGACUUCGAAGCUCUCGUCGAUUACCGUAACAAGGCUGUGGCUGAACGCGACUCACUUGCCAGCAACCCAGCCGCCUACUAUGCAUCCAACCCUCUCACCUCCUCACCAGCCUCCUUCAUUCGAUCGAAGAUGGAAGACAUGCGCGGAGUUGACCACGAACAAUCCCGCCGGGAACGUGUUCGCAAGCUUGAGCUCCGCAUUGAUGAACUUACCCGCGAAGUAGAGUCGGCAAAGACUACUUCGGAGAUGUUUGACGAGGAAGUCGUGCGUGAAGUGGCAGAUUUCGAGCGCAUAAAGGCCGUGGAGUUCCGCGACUCCCUCGGCAGUUUUGCCGACUCGCAUAUCGAAUUCUACCAAGGCGUCCUUUCAACCUGGGAACGAUUCAUUGCGGAGAUGGAAGGUGAUGCUGAUUUCGACCUGGACGCCGAUCCAGUAUUAGGUGGGCGGUGA